AUGAAUCAAAAUCUGAGAUGUGUCGAAAUCGAUUUCAUUAAACAAUUAUCGUCGAAUGGCUUACUUAAAUCAUGUACAACCACGUCGUUGUUAAAAGGCUCAUCAACAGUGAACCUAGACUCAUUGUCACAUUUGAUGACCACAAUGCUUUCAAUACCAUCGACCACUUUGGGUGAAAGAUUAUUUUCAUCAGCUACAGAGAUCGAAGACCUUGGGAUUUUUAACGACAAGGCUGUGAAAGGACGGUACUUAGUGGGUUGGAGAUGUUUGUGUUGUUUCUCUUUUUUUCCCCAACUUUCUAUUGCGUCCAAAUGGUUAUGGCUAGAAAUUUCUGAGACUUUUCUUUUCCUAUUCACUUUGGUAUUUAUCUGCCUAGAUUCAUUGUCAAAAUCUAAUGCACGCGUACAAGUUUUUUUUCUAAUAUUAUACUUUAUUUGUUUGUGUGCAUUCAUCACACGCUCUCUCAUAAGUCUUAAAAACCGACCGCACUUCCACCUUCGGUCACCAUCAAGUAUGUCAACUUUUACAGUUUUAAACCAAGAUUCAACGGUAGCAUUACUCUGGCGGAUUUCAAUGCCAUUGUUGAGUUUAUUAUUCAUAAUAGGUGUCCACAGUGCUAAGAAAGGUACACACUUGACUAUAAACUCGUGUAAAUAUGAUUCAUCGUAAUAUUCAUUGCUUAUAUUUUCAUUAUUUACAGAACAAUGGGGCAAGACGCUAGAUUUUACAUGUUCUUUGAUAGACUGAAAUCUACAGUACAUCAUAGACUUAUUUGUGUCGGAUUCGCAUAGAAAUUUAUUUAUUUCAUCUGAAUAAUCUUUGCCUUCGUUGUUUGAUUCA